AUGUCUCAUGAUAGUUCAGGAGAAUAUAUGGUCUCGCAAGUGUUGAAAUGCGUGAAAUUCAAGGAUCUCGUACGGAAAGCACUAAACGCGGAGGCAAAAUUCAGCCCGGCCUCGGUCGAAUAUGACAAGCGAAGGCAUUCAAAAUAUGCGUACUUGGUGCACUGGCGAGGUUACGAUUGGAAAGAGCGCACUUGGGAACCAGAGGAGAAUCUCGAAAAUUGCGAGGAGCUACAAAAGUUCAAGGAAAGAAACAAUAUGUCGUUGGAUCAUCUAACCUUCGAGCAUCAUUAUGAGCAUUCUACGUGGAGAAGGAUUUCGCUAGCAAGCGAAAAAUGUGUGACGAAUCGAUAUUUGAAGACCGAUGACGAGAUUGAAGAAAAGAGAGCUCGGAAAAAGGCGAAACUCGAAGAACAGAACAGGAAAGAACAAGCGAAAAACCCCCAUGCUUCCGCAGAAACUGAACCAGCUGUGAAGAAGAAGAAGAUAGAAGGGGUAGGAUCCAGAAUUCCAAAGAUCAGUGAUCGGGAAGGAGCUGGAACAUCAGGACAAUCGUCUAGCAAUGUUUCUACUCCUGGGAUAACACCACUCGACAACAAAACUCCGAGAAUGCAGAAGAAAUCGAAUGAAAUAGGCCAGGCUUCAACUCCAGAGUGUGCAAUCGCAACAUUAUCAAUUGGCACCCCACAGCCUUCGAUAAUAGAUUCCACCUAUGACCAGUCAGAUAUUGCAAAUGGUUCCACAAGUCCCCAGCCGCAGCCUGUUUUCAAGAGAAAAAUGAAUGGCCAAGAUGUGUCCGAUUAUUCUGUUCAUCAAGGAGGAACAUUCAGUGACGGUAGUGCCAUAGAAGGUUCCACUUCUCGUGAAAGUGAGGAUAUGGACUGCACUCAAGAGACGAAAAAAGCUUUACAGAAAGCUAUUGAGAGCGCUCGUGAAGAAUGUGAGGAGAUAGAGAAAACGAUCAAAAAAUAUCCUCUGCAAGUAACAUCGUCUCGUGUUGUUACUGGAUUUUCACCAGCUCUAACUCUCAGAAAAUUUCGUCGUUGUCAGUCACUCGAGAUGCUUUCCGAUCAUUUCAACAACAAUGCGGAAAUGGAAAUUUUCGGAAAGAACUUUGAGAACUCUGUCAGAUUGGAUGCGGACGCAAAACCAGUGGUUAUAAAGAUUUAUCCCCAAGAACAAGAACUAUUUCUAACGAAGCAACGAAAGAUGCCUUCACUUGAAAUGGAGCAGCUGGUUUACGAGAAUCUUGUUAAGGAAAACGCCAAUAAUAUCAAAAUAGCAAUGCAUAAUAUUCGGCCAGACAAGAAUUUCGCUCAGUUGCUGGAAUGCUUGUCACACGCGUAUUCCAAAGAUGACAAUAUUCGCUUCGAAACGAUCUUCAACGAAGGAUUCCCUCCGAGUGAUGAGUACGAUUGUCGAAGAUUCCAGGCGAUCGUGUUUCUAAUAGCCUACUGUAAACACCGUCUCUGGAAAGCUGAUCCCAAAGGCAUGGCGAUCGUGGAAGCAUCCGAUGCGGUGAAAGAAGGAGAAAUUAGAGAGCAGCAAAUCAUUUGCUCUGAUAGGCAUAGAAAAUGUGCCUGGCUGCAGGUUUUCUUGAAACUGAUGCCAGACCGAUUCAAAUUUCUGGAAACUUCGGGACAAUGCUAUCACGGCUGGGAAGGAGAUGACGGGCCGUUCCGCGACGACGUAUUCUUCCAUUGCAUGAAAUAUGGAGCCGAGUGUCAGAAGCGUCUAUUCCUCGACUUCAACAAACCGAUUGGAAUCCAAGAAGAAACCGUUGGCGAUUACAGUGUCGACGCAAUGCAUCUUCUGGCUGUUCAAUAUGGCAAUAUUCAACGAAUCCCGUCCUAUUUAUCAAUCGGUGGACUCGAUAUAAAUGCUCUUGCAACUCACUUGCCAACAAAACGAGUGAUGAGACUUCAACAUUAUUUGAAAGUUUGGAUAGAGGCACAUAAAUCCGAGACGACAGCCACAGAAGAUCGGAAGAAGUACUAUCGAUACUUGAAUGAUGUGAUUCGACUUACCAGUGAAUCGUUGGAGAUUUUUCUGGAAAACGAAGUUACAAAAAUGAUCUUCUCGCGUAUGGGAGGACGAUGGAAGAUUAGGAUGGAUCUCACAUAUCCUCACAUUCUUCGAUGUUCACCUCUCAGCAACAAGUCCAACGGUGGUGAUGGAACUCAUCAAGUAUUGAGUUGUCUUUUUUAUCCCGAAGCGAUCGGAUAUCGUGAUGGUUUGGAGAACUCUAAAGGAGCCGACACUGAAAAAAUUGAUGAGCUGAAAACAAGUCAAAAGCGAUACAAGAAGAUGAUCGAGGAAGGGAAGGGUCGACUUGUUCUCGCCUUAUAUCGAAUUGACAUUGAGUUUCGCUGUAAUCUGGCCGAAAAGGAGCAGUUUUCUUUGCCAAAAUUCACUCUGAUCGAAAGUGAUGACGGGUUCAAAAUUGAAAAGUUGACAUUGCUCCGUCAAACGGAAGGUCUCACUUGUUACGAAGCCGACAUAGGAAUGUUCGAAAUGACUCCGUUCUCAUCGCCGGGCUGUCGAUACUUUGGUAUUUCGGACAAAGCUCACGAAAAAGAUCUAGUGGUUCCCGGAAAUGCGCAUAUCGAGAUGAGAGCAGAAGUUGAUCAGCCGAUAAGCUUUGUCACUCAACUUUUCUUCAUCAAAAAGAAUGUCUAAUUCUUCUUAUUUCCAUUUCAUCCUUAAACCCAUCGUGUUCAAUUAUCCCCUCUCCUUGUUAAAUGUUUGUUUUUUUUCUUUUUUGAUGUUAAAAUUCCUCUUCGAACACGGUCAACAUCUGCUUUAAGUUUUAGAGUUCAUGAUACUCAACUUUCAAUUGUUUCAAGAUCUCCCAGUUUUCAGUUUGGAUCUCUGCUCGUAUUUCUCCCCCGAAUCGCAUUUAAGGAAUAUGUAGUUCCAUUUUUUUCUCAAUAAGCUUUUUUAUUCGGUUGAAAUUACUUUUUGAAGCCGAAAAUAAACAUUAAUUUUAUUC